GGCCAGUUCUCAUUGCGUUGCCUUCGUCACUGCACGCAACGGUAGGUUUAAAAAAAAGUUGCUUACCGCCAAAAUUUGAACUUCGAACAUUGGAACACUAAAAUUUUAUCGUUUUUCUUUUGUUCAGUCAAAUAGAAAAGUUAACAUCUAUCGUGUUUUGUUUUGUUUUAGAGAAAGACAGUGCGUUGUUUUAGUGAAUGUAACUGAAGUUUUUUGGAGAAAAACAAAUUAAAAAGACAAAAUGAGGCAGUUCGCAGCAUUUAUAUUAACGACGGCACUAGUGUCACAAUGCUAUGCGGCCCCCCAAUGGAUUACCUUCAAUGACGGCAAAUUGGGGGUCAAUUUCGGCGGUUAUCAUGCGGCAGUCGGCAUCGGUGGCAUAUUAGGUCAAAAUGGAAGCUCGUCUGGUAGCGGGCUCUUCGCAGAGGCUGGGACACCCUACGGUCAAGCGGCACAUGCUGGCUUCGGGGGCUCAAUGAAUUCUGAUGGUCGACCAGUUGGUGGUCUCUUCGCUGGAGCAACAGCAGGAAACAAAAUUACCGCGCAAGCUGGUAUCGGCGGCGCAGUGAAUGGAAAUAAAGUGCAAGGGAACGGUUUCGCAUCAGCUCAAGCAGGCAACCAAUUUGCCUCAUCAGGACUGGGAGGAGAUGCUUCUGGUGCUGGUGCAAACGGAUUUACCUAUUCUGGAACUAAUUCCUUCCUUGGAGGAGCUAAAGGAAAAGUCGAUACUGUCGAAGUAAAACCUCUGCCAGACCAAACAAACGUCAAAAAAGUUCACAAAGAAUUCAAAUUUGACUCUGCAAACGAAGUCAACUUUGUUCCUUUGGCAGCUGAUAAACCAUCUGUAGAAGAACAAACACCAGUCGUAGUUAAGGAAGUGAGUUAUUUGUUUCAGCCCACAAACUAUAGAACGGGCAGUUAUUUCAAUAAUUACCUUGACAGUGUUAUGAAUAUCCGAUUUAGAAUGCCACAGGUUGAGUAUAGACUGCAGACACAGUGGCGGAGACCACAAUUGAAUAGUAUUUACAGAAGUCCUCAGACCACCUACGUGCAGACACCACCUCAGGUAGUGGAAAAGCACGUAUACAAACACACCAAGCCUCGCCACCACCUUCGUAAGAUCGCGUACGUUGGAGGCGAUGUAGCCGUAGCUCAGCCUCAACCAGCUAUCCAGAAAAGGAUUGAUGUUGGAGUAGAAGCAAACGCUGGAGCAGCAGCUGAUGUUGGAGCUAGUGGAAACGCUGGACAGGUUUACACGAAACAAGUGACGUUCCAGCGGAAUCCCAACUUCUUCGCGGAUAUUUUCAAUAUCCCUAUUUCAACCCUGAAAGCGGUGGGCAAUUUCCUUGGAAACGCCGCCGGCAGUACCAACGUUUCGGUUCAGAAGUCGGCCUCUAUCCACACAGCUGACGACUCAGACUUGAUAUCUGCCAAGCAUGAAGUACCAUCAUCCCUAUCAACAUCAGCUGCGCAUGUGUCAGUCGAAACACCAAACGUGUCUAGAGUCAUAGACGACAUUUUGGCUAUACCAAUUAACACCCUCGGUGCUGUAAACAAGUUCCUCGAAAACAACGUGCCCGCAAAGAAAUCUGUACAGGUUUCAGAAAAUGGAACUGCAAGAGUCCGCCGGGGACCUCACGGCAGAAGACGGGGCAACAAAGUUGUUAUCGUCGAACAAGAAACAACAAAAUCUGAAACCGCAGAAUCCCACUAAAAUUCACAAAUUAAUAUAUUACUAGAUUUACUAGAUAGUUAGGUAUAUUUUACUGUAGAUUUUGUAGUUAUACAAAAUAUUAUAAAAGGUUG